AACAGCCCAGUUCAUCUGCAUCUUCCCUGAGUCACACUUGUUGAGAGGACUUAUUUGAGAACAGAGUUCCUCCCGCCUACUGACUGAAAUGUCUUUUACAGAUGAGGAGGGGAAUGAAAGUCUUAAAAAGAGUAAAAAGAAGCUGAAGGGGGAAAGUGCUUGGAGACCGGAGGGACCCCGAGACCCAUUUGCAUUGCUGGACUCUCUGCCCGAGAAGAAACAGCAGGAGAUCCAAAGAGCCCUUCAUCUAUUCUCCUUGGGCAGAAGUCUGCCAAAGACUUUGCAAGAGGCCAAAAAACACACCUACCGCUUCUGGGGCACACAGCCUGUUCCCAAACUAGGUGAUGAUGUCACAGCUCAUGGUCCGAUAGAAGGAAUUGAAGCCAGUGUUAGGGAUGAACCCUACACUCUGCCUCAGGGUUUUUCCUGGGAUACUCUGGAUCUGAGCAACCCCUUUGUUAUGAAAGAGCUGUGCAGUCUGCUAAAUGAGAACUACAUGGAAGAAGAUGACAACACUAUCAGACUCGACUUUUCCUCCGAGUAUCUACAAUGGGCUUUGCAACCUCCCAGCUGUCAGUCACAGUGGCACUGUGGAGUGAGAGUGCAAGCCAACAAGAAGUUAGUGGGCUUCAUCGCCGCUGUCCCUGCAGAUGUUCGCAUUUAUGAGACGGAGAAGCAGACGGUUCACGUCAAGCUCCUUUGUGUUCAUAAAAAGCUUCGGCAAAAGCGGAUGGCUCCAGUUCUGGUCCGAGAACUCACCAGAAGGGUAAACCUGCAAGGUCUCUACCAGGCCGUCUACACAGCUGACAUCGUACUCCCAACACCGCUGAGCUCCUCCAGACUUUGGCAUCGCCCUCUGAAUCCCCGUAAGCUGAUGGAGGUCAACUACCCGCGUUUGAGACAAAACAUGAACCUGCAGAGAGCACUUAAGUUCAACCGUUUACCUGAGACGACAAAGACAAACGGACUAAGGCCUAUGACCAAAAAAGAUGCUCCAGAAAUCCUCUCUCUGCUCCAGGAUCAUCUCUGCAAGUUUAAGCUUAGCUCCAUCUUGUCUCUGCAGCAAGUAGAGCACUGGUUGUUGCCAAGACAGAACGUGAUUGACACUUAUGUUGUGGAGGGUGAUGAUGGCUCACUGACCGAUGUGGUUAGUUUCUACAGCGUCACCUCCAGAGUGCUGAAUCACCCCGUGCACACCGCUCUCAAAGCAGCUCAUCUUCUUUGCAUGGCUUCUACUGGCUCAGAGUUAACCGAUCUCAUGGGAGAUGCCCUGAUACUGGCCAAAUCUAACGGCUUUGACAUCUUCACUGCCUUCGACGUGAUGGAUAACGCCAUCUUCCUGGAGAAACUCAAGUUCACUGUCAGCGACAAGAGCCUUCAUUACUACUUGUACAAUUGGAUGUGUCCUUGGAUGAGUCCAGACAAGGUUGGUCUGGUGUUGCCGAACUGAAAAAAAAGAAGAGUUUGAUGAGCACUACAGCUGCAACAAACUUUAGGAGCAUGUUCUUGUCUUUGUGGCGGAAAGAAAAAAUAAUAAAAACAGUUUUUUGUGGGUUUUA